AUGGAAGUGGUAAUCAAGAGGCCCUACAUCGAAGUAUUCGAACGGAUACUGAAGCUGUUCACAUCGGUGAGCGAACAGCUGCACCUCCGACUGACGCGCAGCAAGCUAGAGCUCAUCGGGUCCAACAACUUAACGAACGAAUUGAUAAUCCACGUGGACAAGAAAUUUUUCUCCCUAGGCAAUGUGAACUGUGAUGAGAAGAGUGCCAGUGGCUCCCUCAGCUCGAAAGACUUAUACCACUGCCUGUUUAGCUACCAAAUAACGAGACUGCUGAGGAGUGAUGGGAGUUUCCGCUUGGGGGCCUACGAAAGGGGCCAGCGGGGCAGCAAUGUUGGUGGUGGUAGCGGUGGUAGCGGCGGAGCUCGUGGUGGUGGCGUCGGCAGUGGUGGCAUCGGCAGUGGUGGCAUCGGCAGUGUUGCCAUCGGCAGCAGUUGCGACGCCGCUGAUGUGUCCAAAAUUAUUCUCAAAUUCAACAAGAAGAACGGCACGCUGGAGGUGGUCGUGAAAUUUAAAAAGCGCAGCACGCACUUUAGCGCGGAGCUCAAACUGAGGCCCUUCUGCAACCCACUAAAAAGUUACGUGUACAAAAAUGAAUCCAUUAUACAAGUAGAACCCACUCUCUUUCUGAUAAACUUGAAGGACCUAGCCAACGAAAGAAACGUUUUUCUAAAAAACACAGAUGAUGCAAUUGUCCUGAGCGCCAUAGAAACAUCAGACUUUAGUCUCAACAAAGAAAAAAUCAAAAGAGAGCAAUUCUUUUACAACAAUAAAAAAAUAUCCAUUCCUUCAUGUAAGACUAAGUAUUUCUUCAAAAACAAAAAGUUUGAGGAUCACACUUUGGCACUUCCUCUCCCUGACUUAAAACUCGUUUUUAAAUUCUGCUCCGACUUGAAUUUAUUUUGUUUAUUUGCCACCAAAAAUUUUAAAGAAAAUGUAGUCAUCUGUUUUGGUGGAAUUAUUUCACGUAUUCUAGAGAAGAACAAAAGGAGGAUUUUAUCUCAACGGUGUGGUAAAAAGGGGGGAGGUUCCGAGUUGAUACAACAGACUCACUGGGGGGGGGAAGCACCUACCAAGGUAGGGGAAUACAACGGAAUGUAUGACCACAGCGUUUAUGCAAAGAGUCCCUCCCCGUACAGAAUUCUUCAUUCACAGGGGAAAGAGGAACAGGGACCCCAAUCGUGUGUUUUCUACCUCUCCGAUGAGAACGACUCAAGUGAUGAAUACGACUCGGAUGUGGAUGAAAUAGAUCAGCAGGCUCUUUAUUUUUCCCCUUCACAUGGUCAGGCGGACUUGUGCAACGAUAAUGGGGUGCAGUACAGCGGUGUGCAGUACAGU